AAUAGUCCUACAUUGAGAAAUUAAAACAUAAAGUCCUAUAUUGAGAAAGUUAGGAAAUAAAAAAGUCAUUAUUAUGUUUUAGUCCUAUUUAGGUAAAUUAUUCCGAUUCUUUGGCUUUCGAAAAUGGCAAUUGCCGAUCAAAGAAGAAGUUUUGGCGGCAGAGACAAGUGAAGAUACUGAUGGAAGAAAAGCUAGUUUUUGCCAUCAGAGAUGACUACGUUGGCAGUCACGUCACCGGAAUCCCCACCCCCAUCGGCAAUUAUAAUAAUAUAAUGUGCGGCGGAGAAGACGGCGGAUGCCGGCCGUUGGGGUUUCUUUUAGGCCUUCCGUUCGCCUUCAUCUCCCUUCUCCUCUCUCUCGCCGGCGUCGUCUUAUGGAUCCUGGGGUGUAUAGUAACAUGCGUGUGCCCGUGUUGCGUGUGCGUGACGUGGAUAGUAGAUGUGGCGGUGGCAUUGAUCAAGGCUCCCUUUUCGAUCAUCGUCUGCUUUACUGACAAGAUACCAUGCUAGUUAUGGUGUGCUUCGUGACAUGUAAUUCCCCCCUCUCUGCUGUUCCCCCCAUUAUUUCUUACGUUUAUUAUGUAUCACUCUUACUCUUAUUAGUCCAUGUGAGUAUAUAAUACCAGUAGUUUUUUUGUUUUUUUUUAAAUUUUAUUCAUAUUUUAGUACAUUCCAUUAGUUCAAAUAUACAAAGACAAGCAGU